UGAUCCAUAGCUGUUUUGCCCAUUAUUUCUUUAUCAUAUUCAACAACUAACGUAGUCGUGAUGUUGGUUGUGUCUCUAUUUAUAUUGGUUACUGUAUCACACUAUGUGAAUUCAAUACAGUUUUUGAUGGAUGGACCAAAAAAUUCUGAUACCUAUGGACCUUUUGAUGUUAGUUUUCGAUAUUUCAAACCAUGUCCAGAUAUAGAGAACACUUUAGCAAAUAUUACAACAUCAUUGUAUUUGGAUCAAAAUGUGUACAAAGGAGGAGUUAAUCUGACACUUAAUGAUGCGGCCCGGAUUGUUGAAAUGAAAGUGGCCAUCCAUAGUUUGAAGAAUAACCAUAAGAAGCUAAUAUGGGACUAUUCUAUUGAGAAACCUUGUUUAAAUCGACUUGUGGCUACAGCACUGAAAAAGUAUGUUGAUCUGCGUAGCUGUGUUCUUCGAAAGGGCUACCACAGCACUUUUGUUAAUUUCUCAGAGUCUGUGAAAAUUUUCUACGGCUCCUCAUUUUUUUAUGGAGAAUAUAUUGCAAAGUUCACUCUGUACUCAACGAGAAAACAAGUCAUACUUUGCGUGACUGCUGAUGAAAUUAUUGUUAAAAAAACAUAA